CUUCAAACAACAUAUAAUUAAUCCCUGCACCACUCCUUCUGGAGCCAACCAAAGCUACGACAAUCGAGUGGUGGGACGAACUCCACAGAAGUUUACUGAAGACCGGGAACCUUUAUCUCACAAUCAAGAAGCGAGCACAAAGAAAUCAAACUGGUUUAUACUAGCUAAUAAAAACGAUAUUGGAUACUGGAUAUUGGAUGAGAAUUUUGUGUAAUCAUUCGACCCGCCAACUAAAUAUUGCGUUAUCACCGCGGCAACCGGGUUACCUCUAAACGAUGUCAGAAGUAGAAGAGACAUUUAAAAGAUUAAUAGGUCAUAAAGGAGUUAUUGGAGCAAUUAUUGUCAGCUCAGAUGGUAUCGCUGUCAGAUCAUCUAUGGAUAAUAGUACUACUAAUCACUAUUGUGGUCUUAUUCAACAAUUAAUCUCCAAGUCUCGAUCUGCUGUUCGUGAUCUAGAUCCAUCGAAUGAUUUAACAUUUCUACGCAUUCGAAGUGUACGACAUGAAAUUAUGGUAGCACCAGAUCGUGAUUACAGUCUGAUUGUGGUACAAGAAACUGGAGUGGAGUAGGAAUCAUAGGAACAUCACACUACCAUUUCACUGGAUUUUAACUUCCUCUCACUUCAUGUGGUCCUAGAUUGUUUUGAUGUGUCUUUUUCAAAUGCAAAUAUUACACUCUGAUUUGUCGGAUACAGUAACAAAACAAGAGGAGGCUAACAAUUUAUGGUUUUCAGUGCACUUGUCAUUUUUUCAACAUUCUAAAAUUUUAACAGUUUGUAUGCGUGUGUGUGUGUAUGUUUGUGCUUUCAAAUGGAGCUUUCCUGUUAUUUUUAUCUUGUGUGUGUGAAUGUGUGUGUGUGUGUGGAGUUGACUAUAAUCUUCUUUGGCUGGGUAAAAUCUAAAAAUAAAUAGUUUUUUUAAAAGAAA